GUAUCUAACAUUUCUUUUAGCUGUAAGCAAAUGUAAGUUAACCUUCCAAAGGUGCAUGCCCAUGCUUUGAGUUCUUAUAUUCUGCAAAAAUCAUCUACCAUGUUAGCAUCUGAGCAAGAUGCAGUUCUUUUUUUUUUCACUAUCCGGAAUAUGUAUACCGUGUAAACAUGCAGUUCAUGUUUUCGCACAGUACCCAGAGUCAACUUCCCAGGCGGAACGCCCUAUCCGGCGCUAUGUGCAUGGCCAUCACACCAACCUUGCCUGUAGUUUGCUAUUGCCACAAAUUUGACUGCCCAAUAACCAAUUUGAUCCCAAGGUAGAUACAUUUUCAGUGAUCAUGCAAAGAUAACCUCCGCUGAAGAUGGAGCCAUCCCUCUUUCUGUUGCCACUCUGUGCUCGUAAUUACUUCUGAAUUCCGUAGACAGCACCAUUUUAUUUUUGCAUGACCGGCAGUUCACAGAGCUUUGCAACUCCUCUUCCAUGGCAUCAGCCAUGCCGUUCUCCGCUGGCCUCGUUUCCCUUGGGUCUCCGCCGCCGCAACGCCACAGCUGCAGGUUCCAGCGAUAUCAGCGACCGGGCACUCUCAUUUUAUCAGCUAUAAGGCAUGGUCAGGUUAAAGCUAUGGCUGGAGUGAGCAUGGAUGGCUUGGCACAGCCUCAAGCUCAGGUUGCAGUGGUUACCGGAGCAUCGAGGGGGAUUGGGCGAGCCAUAGCUGUAGCUCUUGGCAAAGCAGGGUGCAAGGUAAUUGUGAACUAUGCCAAGUCAGGCAUGGAAGCUGAAGAAGUGCGCAGAGAGAUCGAGGAGUCCGGUGGCACUGCCAUCACCUUUUCAGCCGAUGUCUCCAUUGAAGCUGAGGUUGAAACCAUGAUGAGAGCGGCAAUUGAUACUUGGGGAACGCUGGACGUCCUGGUGAACAAUGCAGGGAUCACGCGAGAUGCUCUGCUAAUGCGGAUGAAGCGGGCACAAUGGCAGGAAGUAGUGGACGUAAACCUUACCGGUGUUUACCUCUGUGCCCAGGCUGCGGCGGCAGUGAUGAUGAAGAGGAAGAAGGGAAGGAUCAUCAACAUCGCCUCAGUUGCCGGGAUGAUUGGCAACAUUGGCCAGGCCAACUACUGCGCCGCCAAGGCCGGGGUGAUUGGAUUGACCAAGGCCAUGGCCCGGGAGUACGGUGGCAGAAACAUAAAUGUGAAUGCAGUUUCCCCGGGCUGGGUCGCGUCUGACAUGACCGCAAAACUAGGCGAUGACAUCGAGCGAAAGGCGCUCGAGACAAUACCAUUAGGACGAUUCGGCAAGCCAGAGGAGAUCGCUGGACUGGUGGAGUUCUUGGCUGUUCAUCCGGCUGCAAGCUACAUGACCGGGCAGGUGCUCCCAGUUGAUGGUGGCCUGUCCAUUUGAGUGUUACUGAAACCGAACCGAAGCGAGGUGUGGAAACUUCAAUUUUCCAAUGAGAAACAAGGUUGUGUCACACAAAAUUAAGCACAAGAGGGCUCCAUGCCUUCGCGUCAGGCUUGUGGCUACUCUUGUCUUCUUUACAGGGAGGUUGGAGAAAGUUGUAGUCUGGAUGGAAAUUCAGUAGUAUGUAUUGGCCAAAGCAUAACCGAAAGUACCAGAAAAAUAACCAAAGUUAACGAAUGUAUAUCCAAGAUAUAUUGUACAAGUCCGCCAAAUGUAAUGUUUUGGCUGUGCUUUGCCGUCGACGUUUUUA